AAUGCGGGAAAGGAGGACUGGCUUUUGGAAGUGUGCUAGAAACUACAAAACCGAGCUUCUUGGGAACUGCCUUUUAGUCUAACAGGAAGUGGAGCGUCACCAGAAGGGAGGGGCGGCCACUCGGGGACUGUCCCCUGCUUCAGGCGCUCACUUUGCGGGCGGUGUUUUUUCCAGGUUAUCAAUCCAGCGAAUGAGGCUGGGUGGAUCCACGCUGCUGGGUUUAGAAAAACAAAAAACAAAAAACAGAGCAAGCGAGAGGCCCUUUCCGUUUUAUGAGAACCAGGCUGCAAGCAAGUAAAUCGGCUGUCCACGCUGCAAUCUUCUGCACUCGAGUGCCAAGAGAUCCUGUUCCUAUCAAUUAAGAAGCCAUAAAGAAAAUUUUUUAAAAAUUAAAACUUUACCAUUAUGAGGCUUUCUUCUUAGGAUACAUUGACUCCUUGGAUCCUUACAAGUCGUGGAUGUUCCUCUUAGAAAUACAGUCAUUCCUGCUCCUGUCCCUGAUACAUGUCCAUGGAAUUGGUCAUCUCCAAACAUCAUCAUCAUCUUCAUCUUCAUCGUAGCUACAAUUAAUUGGCAAUUCCAGAAGGCUGCAAGGCUAAAACAAACGUUUAUCUAGCAUAAUUUUAUCUAACAUAACCCGUACGCUUUGAGGGUAGAGAGGACCUCACUCUCUGCCUCCCUGGCAAACGGCUGGAUUAAAGGAGGCAGUACUUAAAAAAAACUUUGCACAUAAUAUGUGUAUGUUAUUUCCUCUUAAAUGAGUGAUGAUUAGGUAAAUCCAGUUAAUUGACAGUAGCUGUCUGAGGAAGUAUUAUAAAGGAAUAUGAUGCUUUUUACAGGCUUAGGAGGGAAAAAAAAUGCCAAGACUGUUGGGCAACCUUAGCUGUGGAUAUGGGGUGGGAUUGGAGAGGGAAAUGGAAACACAGGUACUUAUUGCUCUUAGCCCUGCUUUAAAUGCUGCCCUUGGUGUUCAUUCACACCUGAUUUACCUAUAAAAGAAUGGCUCACUCAGCCAGGCUGCCAACAGGAGGACUUGAUCUUCAAUGUACCGAGUCCAGAAAUUCUCUCCCUACACUCUGUAGUGAGAAAGGACCUGUGGCAGCAGCAUCUACCUGUUCAAAUGUGGUCUUGGGGGAAAGGUAGCUGUUUAUCAAUCUGCUUGAGCACUUCUGUUUCAGAACCACAGUUUCAGAAUGCAGGGACAGCAGGACUAAGCCUUCUAAAAGGCAGGCUUUAAAUGGGCUAUCAGUGAUCUUAUAUACUUUGGCAGUUAGACUGUGAAUAAAAAAGACUAAUCACAUUCAUCCUAAUAGCCAGUCCGUGGCACAGGUGAUCCAGAUUGUGGUCGUCUGAACAGUCCAUUCAGAACACUGUACCGUUGAUCAUAAAUAUAGCAGGAUCACAAGAUGAAUCUGAUACUGUGGACACUUUUAUCAUUUAUGAUUACUAUAAGGCUAUUCCUACUGCUGUUUUUCCUAGUCCUAAAUACAGAAUAUUUAUAACUAACACAAAAUAACUUAUUUUGAUGUAUUUAGACUUGUGAAGAAAGUAAUGGGAGUUAAGAAGAGCCUUGUAAGAACAGAUGGAUUCUUCGGGAGGAAAAUCCCUAAAGGUUUGGGGAACUUCACAAGGGUGAUCUGAUCUAACAAGUGAUGACUUCCCCCGAAGGCAAAUCAGCUCAUUCUCCGAAAGCUUCCAUAGAAACAAGUGUUGCCACAUCUGCAAACUUCCUGGAAGAGUGAUGGGGAUUCGAGGGCUUCGUUUCUCUUUGGUGGCCAUCCUUGUGCUGCUGCUGGUAGCCGGGGCUCUGACCACUUUACUUCCAAAUGUUAAAGAAGACAAGAUGCUCACUCUGCGUAGGGAAAUAAAGUCGCAGGGCAAGUCCGCCCUGGAUUCCUUUACUCUGAUAAUGCAGACAUACAACAGAACAGAUCUCUUACUGAGACUUCUAAAUCAUUAUCAGGCAGUGCCGCACCUGCAUAAAGUGAUCGUGGUGUGGAACAACCUUGGGGAGAAGGGACCCGAUGAGUUAUGGAAUUCUCUCGGGCCUCACCCUGUCCCUGUGAUCUUCAAACUCCAGACGACAAACAGGGUGAGAAAUCGGCUCCAGGUCUUUCCUGAGCUGGAAACCACCGCGGUGUUAAUGGUAGACGAUGACACGCUAAUUAGCGCCCAAGACCUUGACUUUGCUUUCUCGGUUUGGCAGCAAUUUCCUGAUCAAAUUGUAGGAUUUGUUCCCAGAAAGCAUGUCUCUACUUCAUCAGGUGUCUACAGUUACGGAGGUUUUGAACUGCAAACACCAGGGUUUGGAAAUGGUGACCAGUACUCUUUGGUGCUGAUUGGAGCCUCAUUCUUCAAUAGCAAAUACCUUGACCUCUUUCAGAGGCAGCCCGCAGCUGUCCACGCCUUGAUAGAUGAAACCCAAAACUGUGAUGAUAUCGCCAUGAAUUUUAUCGUUGCCAAGCACACUGGGAAGACUUCAGGGGUAUUUGUGAAGCCCGUCAACAUGGGCAAUUUAGAAAAAGAAACCAACGGGGGUUAUCCCGGAAUGUGGCAUCGGGCUGAGCACUUUCUGCAGAGAUCUUAUUGUAUAAAUAAGCUUAUUAGUAUCUAUGAUAGCAUGCCUUUAAAAUACUCCAACAUUAUGAUUUCUCAGUUUGGUUUUCCAUACGCCAACCACAAAAGUAAAAUAUGAGAGUAAAACAAACAAAAUCAAACCUCAGAACUGCUUGAGUAGCUUCUCUGCAAUAGGAUUGGUGUGUUUUGUUUGUUUUGGUUUUGGUGGUUUUUGUUUUUUUUUUUAAGCAACAUCAUGAACUUUUAUCCACUAAAGAAGUCUCUACAAAGGAAAAAAUGUACAGUGCUUCUAGACAUAAAAGUCACGUGAACUUCAAAAGCCAAGAAGCUGGUACUCUAGAUAGGUCUUCUUGCGAGAAGUUUUCGUCCACAGAGAGAACUCCUUGGCCAGCAGUUUUAAUGUUUACAUUCUGAGACUUCUACAAUUUCGUUGACUUCCUGGCAUUUGCCUUAAGGACCGAUAGCAAGUUGUCCCCAGGAUCAGAAACUCCAGAGAAACACUUCUCAGCGUUUUCAUUAAAGGAUGAUUGUUUUCAUUUGAAGCCUGAAAUGCCUCGUUAGCAAAAGCCUGUGGUGUACAGAAAAGCCAUGUGAGGGGAGAAUAGUCUCAAUCCCUUAGAAAAACAAGCAGAAAACUCCUGACUACCAGUGCUCUCACUGUGGUCUUUCCAGCACUGACUCGGCCUGGCGUGGUUUCUCCGAUGCAUCCGUCACUGCUUUUAUUUUCGUUGAGAAGUCUGACGUGACUGCGAGCGCUCAUUUCAGUAGCUGAAGGAUGUUUCGUUAAUUGCUUGGUGUUCGUGAACAUUUACUGCAUGGAUCCCAGAAAAGUGGAGCCUGUGUUUCUCAUGUGCAAAACCUAUAUGCAGCAAGGAGUAAAUGUGUUACUAGAUUCGGGUAGCGCAUUUCAUCCCUGACUCUGACCUUGAGAGUAUACAUUGAUUCUUAUAUUUUACAUAAACCAUGCCUUGUUGUUCAAGAAACUUCUAAAAUAAUCUGAAAGAAUGUUUAGUUAGGAAGUGGCAAAAGUUAAAACCCUUAGUAUCGGAAGGUCUCUGUUGUUAGGGCCUAGGUUAUCUCGUGGAUACUGAAGAGCCAGGUGUAUUACACACAAAGCUAAUCUCUUGUGUUCAGAGCUGCCGCUGCUGUUUCUCCCCACCCCCCCCAAAAGAUUCAAGGCACUAUUCAUCAUGAUGAAAUUUUGAUUCCAUAGAUACAGGAAAAAAAUGAGAACUGAAUCAUAGCAGAGGAAUUUUAUAGGGAAUCUACAUCAGUAAAUCGUUGAGUUGCUCACUCUGUUACGUGAAUUAGUAUCUGUGUUCCACGCAGUGUCCGUGUUUGGGUCCCUGUUCACACUAGUAGCGAGGAAUAUUUAAUUAAGCCCCUAUCACUUCCUCUUCUACUUCCCCCUCCUCCUCCAUAAUGUCAUUAUAUUCUCACAAUUGCAAAGCUUUGAAAUCAUAAUAAUCAUGGUUAAUGUUCCAGCAAUGAGGUCUCUGUGUGAUUAGUUCAGUUCAUGUUGUUUCUUUACACUGGCAUGUGUAUGUGUCUUAAUGCAGUCAGAUAAAACCAGUAGAACUCAGAACCUCACUAAAAAUCUAUAAUGUUCAUUAUCUGCGUUGGCCAACCUUGGUAGUGAUUUUUUUUGCCUCUUGGGAUUCCACUGGCAGAUAAAUAAAAUAAACUUCUACCAUGAAGAUGUUCUGCUAAUUAAGCAGACUCACA